AUGACUGAAAACACCAUCGAUUUAGAAAACAUCAACGCCAUGAACAAAAACACCCUAAUGGAAACAUUGGGCAUAGAGUUCACCUAUUUUGAUGGAGAAACCAUCAAGGCCAAAAUGCCGGUAGGGCCAAAGGUUCAUCAACCAUUUGGCAUAUUGCACGGGGGCGCCACGGCGGCCUUAGUCGAAACAUUGGGCAGUAGUUUUUCCAAUAUGAUUGCCUCAGAAGUGGGCAAACGGGCCGUGGGCACCGACAUAUCGGUUAAACAUUUUAGAUCUCAAUCCGAAGGAUGGGUAGAGGGAGAGGCCAAGUUUAGUUUUAAGGGCGGUCGAUUGCAUGUAUUGGAUGUGGUGGUGUAUUGCGACAAUGGUAAAAUUCUAUCCAAGGGCACCAUGACCAAUAUGAUAAUUUGA